CGUUUUUAACCAGGUUUCUUACCCGGGUAAGGUUAAAUCCAGAGACCUGUUAUAGGUCUUUGGUUAAAUCAGGGGUAAAAAGUGGAGAGCGGAGUAAGGAGAGUAAGGAAAGUGUAGACCCGGUUAGACCGAGUAAUAAAAACGAACAAACCUAAAGAUGACGUAAUUUCUUAUCAAUUUUCAUUAUCACACAUUUUUGUGACAGAUUUUUUUUGCAAAAUGAAUCGAAAAAAUUUAAAUAAUUAAUUUUAAUUAAUUCGUAAUGAACAAGAAGACGAAAAAAUGAUCACCGCCGUAAGACGUAUCAACACCAUAAAUCGAAUUAUUUUGAGGAAAUCUCAUUUGAAAAAUUUUGUUAAUCAAGAUAAAAUUGUACUGAACAACACCUGUAGUAUGUUUUGUAGACACGAAGGAACAGCAGCAGGAAAAGUUAAAAUUGGGGAUGUAGAAAAAAUUAUCAAAAAUCCUACUCGUCCCGAAUACGUUCCAGUGAACUAUCUUAGCAAAGAUUUAACCCAAAGUAUACUAUCUGAUUUGAAAUGGAUGUUACAAAAAGACGAAUUGAAGCAAGAUAUGUUCCUCAUUGGCCAGCCAGGAUCGUGGAGGAGACAAUUAGUCAUGGCUUAUUUACAAUUAACCCAACAAGAGGUCGAAUUCGUCUCAUUAUCGCGAGAUACCACCGAAGCUGAUCUCAAGCAAAGGAGAGAGAUCAUCAAAGGAUCGGCAGAAUACAUAAAUCAAAGUGCUGUUCGAGCAGCCAUAGAAGGUCGAAUUUUAGUCCUGGAAGGUAUAGAAAAAGCAGAAAGAAAUGUAUUACCGGUAUUAAAUAAUUUAUUGGAAAACCGUGAAAUGCAUUUAGAAGAUGGUAGAUUCCUAAUCGCACCGGACAAUUACGAUAAAUUAUUCAAAGAACAUGGUGAAGAGUAUUUGAAAAAAUGGAAUUUAAUCAGAGUUCACGACGAUUUUCGUGUCAUAGCUCUUGGUCUUCCGGUACCCAACUACCCUGGUAAUCCUUUAGAUCCUCCAUUACGAUCUAGAUUCCAAUGUAGAGAUAUAAAUGCGCCUCCUUAUCAAGAAAUGAAAAUAUUGCUCCAAUCAGCCUACCCAAGCUGCCCUUCCAAUAAACUAGAGCAGCUUUUAUCUUGCGGAUACGCUUUGGUGACUCAGGAAUCAAAAAUCAUAGGAUUACCCGACUUCCCCAUCGAUAAUUGUCGUUACAUUGCCAGAUUAUUGGAGGUAGAUCCAUCAAUCGAUGUUGCAGAUCUCUUCACACGUUUAUACCCGUACAAAAGCAUUCUCCUCAAAGAAGGCCAAUCUGCCGUAUCCAAUAUAUUGAAAUCUUUUAAAGUUCAAUCGAUCAAUGAUCUUAGUGAUUUGAGGAUAGUUGAUAAGAAAACUAUCGACGUGGAUAAAGCUGUGAUAUAUUUGAAUAAUAAUUCCGUAAUCGAGCUUAGAACUGGUCAAAACCUUCGGCCAGUUAACCAGAGUGAAUUUGUAGACUUGCCUUAUCAUAGUCAUCAGCUGGCCAACUUGAUGAGGACUCAUGCUGUAGGAGAUUUCUGUGUAGUUGGACCAUCUGGUUGUGGCAAAUCUAUCAUCGUGAGAAAAUUCGCUGAAAUGUUGAAUUACCAAAUUGAACCUGUGAUAUUAUACCAAGAUAUGACCUCGAGGGACCUGAUCCAGCAACGAGAAACGAUGCCAAAUGGUGAUACUGUCUGGCGUAACUCUCCUCUAGUGAAUGCUGCUCUGGAAGGAAAAUUGGCCAUCCUAGACGGUAUCCACAGAGUCCACACUUCUACUUUAGCUGUUCUGAAUAGAUUAAUCAACGAUAGAGAGCUUCAGUUACAUGACGGUCAAAGACUGCUCAGGCACGAUAGAUACGAUGAAUUGGCUUCGAUUCAUGGAGAAGAUUACCUCAAAGAGAAUGGAAUUCACAGGAUUCAUCCUUCUUUCAGAAUUAUCGCUUUGGCUGAGAAACCAGGAGGGUAUAAUUUACAAUGGAUGACCGCUGAGAUAGUGAAUUUCUUCAUAUUUCACGAAAUUCGUGCCUUGAAUCCGCCCGAAGAGUUACAAUUGAUCGAGGCUUUGAAUGGUCAAUGCGAUCCAGUAAUUAAAAGCUUGCUGGAUGUCGUACAAAAACUAAGAUCAUCGCCGGAUCCGGCUCUCUCAGCUUUAUCAGCCUCCUUAUCCACUCGACAAUUGCUCAGAAUCGCCAAACGGUUUUCCAAGUUUUCUUCUCGCGAUAUUUUCGAAACCAUUCAACGAGCUUGUUUAGCCAAAUUCUUACCACCGUUGACUAGGCAAGCUUUAGAUACAGCUUUGUUCAAAGCAGGAGUUCACCCUCUUCCUACAACUUUUCCCGAUCCUAAAGAGUGUAAAAUUCAGGACCAGAAUGUUGUUAUUGGAGAUACAAUAGUGCCUCGUUAUCAGACAAAUGAUUCGGCUAAAGUGCCCAAUGUGCUUUUUUAUGAUUUACCUCAACAUACCGAAUUACUGGAACAAUUAUUACAAGACUUCUCUAUCAACGAACACCUACUUUUAGUUGGAAAUCAAGGUGUUGGUAAAAAUAAGCUGACUGAUAAAUUACUACAGAUGUUGAAUCGGCCUCGAGAAUACAUCCAGUUGCAUAGAGAUACGACAGUUCAGUCUUUAACGAUGCAACCGAUGAUUCUCGAUGGUAAAGUCUGGUACGAUGAUUCUCCUCUAGUGAAAGCUGUUCAAAGAGGUCAUGUUCUGGUCGUCGAUGAAGCUGACAAAGCUCCAACUCACGUUACUUGUAUUUUAAAAACGUUGAUAGAAUCUGGUGAAAUGAUCUUAUCCGAUGGAAGACGUAUCGUACCAGCCAACUCUUCGUACCCGGAUGAUCCAAAAAUCUUGAGGAUGCAUCCAGAUUUUCGUAUGAUUGUUUUGGCGAACAGGCCUGGAUUCCCAUUCCUUGGAAAUAAUUUAUUUGCUGCUCUAGGUGACUUAUUCAGCUGCCAUAUUAUCGAUAAUCCGAAACCAGAAUCUGAAAUUCAACUACUCCAGCAGUAUGGUCCUGAUGUGAACGUAGAUAUUAUUCGUAGAAUUGUGAAUGCCUUUGGAGAACUAAGGGAAUUAGCUGAUAAAGGAAUGGUUUCGUAUCCUUAUUCGACUCGUGAAGCGGUUAAUAUUGUUAAACAUUUACAAGCUUUUCCAAACGAUUCGAUAACCGAAGCUAUUAGUAACGUAUUCGAUUUCGAUAGAUAUAGUUCGGAUAUGAGAGAAAUCCUCCAACGAGUCUUGAACGAUCAUAGAAUACCCGUUCAACUCGUUGGUAUCAGGAAAAAAACAGCUGAAGAUUUGCAGCUAACCGUGGAACGAAACAGCGGUCUGGAUGUGUCAGGUCCCAAACAUGGUAAAACCGAUGAAAAAAACGACCCUCAUGUUGGUGGAAACACUUGGGCUGGCGGUACUGGAGGUCGAGAUACCGCUGGACUCGGUGGUAAAGGAGGUCCAUACAGAUUAGAUGCAGGACACACGGUUCAUCAACUUAGUGAUGCAGAAAAGGAAGCUGUACCCGAACAUAUCAAAAAAGCUGCUCGAGAAAUGGGCCAAAAAGCAUUUAAAGAACGACUAAAAGAGAUUCAAAUGAGCGAAUAUGAUGCAAAAGUGUACAAUGAGUUUUCCAUUCCAGUUCAGAAACAGGUUCAAGCUUUACGAGUGAUCUUGAGUAAUUUACAAGCUAAAUCGAAAGAAAGACAAUGGACGAGACAUCAAACCUCCGGAGAAUUAGACGAUGCUAAACUAGUCGAAGGUAUAACCGGUGAAAGAACCAUUUACCGAAGACGAACCGAUGUCGAACCAGAACUAGGAGCUCCUCAGAUCAAACCUAAACGUCUUAGAUUAGUCGUAGACGUAUCCGGUAGCAUGUAUCGAUUUAACGGUUACGAUGGUCGAUUAGAUCGCGAAAUGGAAGCUGUUAUCUUAGUAUUGGAAGCUCUUCAAGGACACGAAUCCAGAAUCCAAUACGAUAUAGUUGGUCAUUCUGGCGAAGCUUACAAUAUUACGUUUGUAUCGAAGAAAAAUCCUCCUUCGGAUAAUAAACAGAGGUUGGAUGUUAUCAAAACGAUGCAUGCUCAUGCUCAGUUCUGCAUGUCCGGUGAUAACACAUUGGAAGCUAUUGAAGACGCUGUUAAAAGACUGGAAAAAGAAAAGGAAGAAUUCGACGAAGGAAUAGUUAUCGUUUUAUCAGAUGCUAAUCUAUCUCGAUAUGGAAUUCCGCCUAGAAAUUUAGCUAAAGCGUUACAAUCUAGUGAUACUGUUAGCGCCUAUGCCAUAUUUAUUGGAUCUUUAGGCGAUCAGGCUGUGAAAUUAACAAACGCUCUUCCAGCAGGCCGAGGAUUCGUAUGCAUGAAUUUAGAAGAUAUUCCACAAAUUAUCCAACAAAUAUUUACAUCUUCGCUGCUACGAACAAAUAAAUAAAGUUUAACUUGACAAAAAUAAAAAAAAUUCUCUAGGAAAAAAAAUUCAAAAAAAAUAACGGUUGGGUGAUUUCAUUGUUAUUGUUUUCUACAUUAAAUAAUUAAAUACAUAAGUUUCGUUACCAAAA